GCUAGCCUGUUUUAGGCUAGCCUGUUUUAGGCAAGCCUGUGGACCUAAACGCAAAAAACAUAAAGCCAUGCGUUUGCCUUCACACUUAAAUUGUAGAAUCAUAUUUAGUAAAGUGGUUUUGUGUGUAGAGAAAGGUAGGGUGUCAGCGGUUCUCCUCUAUGCCAGGUUCUUGACUUCCAGCUGCUGUGUUUUCCAGAUGUAUUCAGGUAAGAUGAACCAUGAGAACAUUUUGGCUCAACUGAAGAAGGAAGUUCGCUCCUUGCUCAUUUCAUCCAAGAAUGGUUUAGCUCCGGAAGAGCUCCUACGAGACUACGCCACCAUGUUGGGCCAUUCGAUGCCCCUGAAAGUCCUGGGCUUCAGGAACAUUUUGGAUAUGAGUCAGCAGAUGCCUGAUGUGGUGUCCAUUAACUUCAGGCCAGAUGGGAGCAUAUUCUUAAAAGCUGUUGGUCACGAGACCACUCGACGCAUCGAGGAGCUGGUGACCAAGCAGCGCUCUAAGCCAAACAAAAAGGUCAGCAGGGGAGGUGCCCGCUACUUUCCAACUCAUUCUGUGUCCCACUAUGUGGUCCUCCCAAGAAGAGGCCCCGCUCCUCCAGCCAUCCCUGCACAGCUGAGGACGGAGCUGCGAAUACUGCUCUCACAAGGUCCCAUUAGGUUAUCCGACUUGGAGGCUUCUUUCUGGCGCUUCUUUGGACGACCGCUUUGCAUUCGCAGCUAUGGGUUCUACUCCACUGGAGAGAUGUUGGGGGCAGCGGCAGAUAUGCUUGUCAUUAGCCAGAGCAGGUUUGGCUCACUUGUGUUCCUGAGGGAGCAUAUGAUCCCUAGGCCACUGCUCAAAUUACCCGCCUCAACAAAGAGGGGUGGACUGAUAAAACCAGCAUUGCUGAGGACAUGCAGGCCAGAUUCUGAAAGGCCAGAUGUCAAACUUCAGUCGCCAAAAACACCUCCAGCUGAAGCUCCAGAGAAACCAACAUCUCUGAACCAGACAUCUACCCAGAAUUCCUUGGAUUCUGCCCGUAGUGAGCCGGGAACCGUCGAUAGCAAGCCGGGGGCGGACGAGAAGAACCAGGAAACCAAAGCUCAGCUUUCCCCAGAGAUUCAGCUCUUUGAUAACCAUGUCCUCCAGCUGGAGGAGGGGCUUCGUCAGCAGAUCCUGGAGAACGGAGUUGCUGGCACCAUCAAUCAGGAGCUGAAGGACAAACUACGAGCGGUCAUAGGUCAGACGGACGGCGGAUUAUCAGUUCACAAACUGCCAGCAGAGUACAAGAGGUGUUUUGGCGAGGACUUGCCUCUGCAGCAGAGCGGCUUUGUUAGCGUCACUGAACUCAUCGGUGCCAUGAGUGACACUUUCCACCUAAGACCAGCAGAGGGAGGCAGUGGACAAGACUGGAUAAUCAGGACCAUACGUGAUACUGAGAAUACACGUCCAGACUCAAAAGAGAGCGAGAGUUUUAAUGAUGAUCAGACGUUUCCAAUUGUCCCACCAUCAGAUGAUGAGAACAACGAGCUGGUUACCAGUAACACACACAAGGAAAUGAUUUCUGCAAUUCCGGUGCAUCUCAGCCCUGCUGUACCCCUCGACGCCCUCCAAAGUAAGCCUCUCAAACCACCGACGCGCCACUGUGCUCGAGAGCUGGUGGAAGUCUUGGUGGAGCGGGUGGAGUCACCCGGAUAUUUCUACAUUCGCUUCAGCGAGACUGAGGAGGCCCGAGCUAUGGAGAACAUGAUCUUUGCGAUGAGACGAUGCUACACCUGUCCUCAGAUGUCGGAGUGCUAUCGCCUUCCCCAGAGAUUUGUUCGACGGGGUCAGGUCUGCUGCGUGUCACCUGACGGACUGUGGUUCUACCGGGUGGUGAUCCAUAAGGUGAUCUCCCCCACUCAAGUGGAGGUGUACUAUGUGGACUUUGGUGAUUUGACAGUGGUACCAACCGCCAACCUCAAGUUCCUCAAGUCGGCUUAUUCGGUUCUUCCAGCACAAGCUGUCCCAUCUUCACUUGCUGGAAUUAAACCCACCUCUGGCAGCUGGACUCCUGGGGCAACAGCCGACUUCCAGAAACUGUGCUGUGAUCGCACCCUGGUGGGCGCUCUGGAUUGUUACAGUGGAGACGUGCUGCAGCUCUACCUGUGUGACACACAUACUGAUGAUGACAUCUACAUCCACACUGUCCUGCUGAGCCAAGGCCAUGGGACACCCUGCAGCCCUGCAGCAGAUAGCUGUCAGGUCACACCAGUGAGUCUCUACCUGGGAGAGGGGGUGGCUGACCUGCCAGAGGUGAGGGAGGAAAUGAUUUCAUCCCCAGAGCCAGGAGACACUUCUGAAGAGUCUAUAAUGGACAAACUGAAGGUUGAAGAUGAAAUGCCUGCCCUGGAGUAUAUCUGGGAUAGCGAGGUUGUCCCUCACAUCCAGGCUAAGGAGAAAAACCCGUUCAACGCUCUGCUGAAAGACCAAACCGUCACCUGCCCCCUGACACCUCCAGAUCUCAUUCAGACAAAGAUGACCACAGCUGACCUCACGACACAGAGUCCGACUGCCCCACCAGCUCCACCCGUCAUUAAUCCCACUUCCAUGAGACCAGAGGAGGUGCUGCACCAGCCUAAGGAUUCUGCCCCCUCCAUGACCAGACCUCCUCUAAUCCUCAGCACCCUGAGCCUCCACACUGCUGCCCUGGGUCAAAUUCAGGAUGGUACUCUGGAUGGACCCCUUUCUCACCGGUACCCUCGGAAAUCUGGCGUCACGUUUCCUCUGUUUGGGUCCAGAUAGGCUGAGAGUGUCACAGCCAGUAAACACAUGUUGCUGUUUUUUUCCUACAUAAUUGAAGCUUUUUAAAUACUGUGAACAAAGACAAAAACAUGUCAUGACUGAUGGAAUUUUAUUUGGAAAAAUAAAUGUUAUUGCCUGGACUGCUUUAAUAUUUUUAGAGAACUCUGUUCAUCUGACCCUUGUUGUUCAGGCGACCCAGCGUUUGUGUUUUUGGUUUAAUAUUCUUUAUUUCUCCUUGUCAACUCCCUGUCUCCUGUUUCCUGUUUUACUUUGAUAGUCUUGCUUCCUCCACAUCUCGUUAUGUGUGAUUGCUCUCAGCUGUGUCCGAUUCCCACAUUAUCCCUCUGUGUAUUUAAGUCCUGCGUUUUCCUCUGUCUAUUGUCGCGUCCUUCCCUGUUUGCUGUGUGUUUUCUAGUCUCCCAGUGUUUAGUUCUUAGUUUCUAUGUUCAAGUUUUAUUUUUGUGAGUUUAUUUUACGGAUUAUUUUUCCCAGCGAAUAAAGCUGCCGCUUUGA